AAAAAAAAACAAAAAAACUCUCUCCCUCUCUCCCCAUCCCAUCACAAUCUCUCCAUCUCCAUCUUCAUCUCCAUCUAUGUCUCUUGUAUAAAGAUAAUCCCACAAGUCUUGAAACUAUUCCUUUCUCUUUCUCUCUCUCUCUUCACCAUGACUGAUCCUUAUUCCAAUUUCUUCACAGACUGGUUCAAGUCUAAUCCUUUUCACCAUUACCCUAAUUCCUCCACUAACCCCUCUCCUCACCCUCACCCUCACCCUCUUCCUCUUCCUCUUCCUCCUCCCUCUUCGUUUUUCUUCUUCCCUCAAUCCGGCGACCUCCGCCGUCCACCGCCGCCACCAACUCCUCCUCCUUCUCCUCCUCUCCGCGAAGCCCUCCCUCUCCUCAGCCUCAGCCCCGCCAACAAACAACAAGACCACCAUCACAACCAUGACCAUCUAAUUCAAGAACCACCUUCAACCUCCAUGGAUGUCGACUACGAUCAUCACCAUCAAGAUGAUCAUCAUAACCUCGAGGACGAUGAUCAUGACGUCACCGUUGCUCUUCACAUAGGCCUUCCAAGCCCUAGUGCUCACGAGAUGGCCUCUUUGCUCAUGAUGUCUUCUUCUUCCUCUUCCUCGAGGACCACUCAUCAUCAUGACGAUAUGAAUCACAAGAAAGAUCUCGACCAUGAUUACAGUCACGGCGCUACCGGAGGAGGAGAAGACGACGAUGAAGAUUCAGUCGGUGUAGACGGCGGCUGUAGAAUCAGCAGACUGAACAAGGGCCAAUAUUGGAUCCCUACACCUUCUCAGAUUCUCAUUGGCCCUACUCAGUUCUCAUGUCCUGUUUGCUUCAAAACCUUCAACAGAUACAACAACAUGCAGAUGCAUAUGUGGGGACAUGGAUCACAAUACAGAAAAGGACCUGAAUCUCUAAGGGGAACGCAGCCAACAGGAAUGCUAAGGCUUCCGUGCUAUUGCUGCGCACCAGGCUGCCGCAACAACAUUGACCAUCCAAGGGCAAAGCCUCUCAAAGACUUCAGAACACUUCAAACACAUUACAAGAGGAAACAUGGGAUCAAACCUUUCAUGUGUAGGAAAUGUGGAAAGGCUUUCGCAGUCCGAGGGGAUUGGAGAACACAUGAGAAGAAUUGUGGCAAGCUUUGGUAUUGCAUUUGUGGAUCUGAUUUUAAGCACAAAAGAUCUCUCAAAGAUCACAUCAAGGCUUUUGGAAAUGGCCAUGGAGCGUAUGGCAUUGAUGGGUUUGAUGAAGAAGAUGAGCCUGCCUCAGAGGUAGAACAGUUAGACAAUGAUCAUGAGUCAAUGCAGUCCAAAUAGCUUAUAUAAAUUAGUGUAAUUAGUACUAAGUAAUUCGGUAUAUAUAUAUAUAUAUAUUAAUUAUAAGUACCUAAAUCUAUGGACCAAGUUUUGAUGGAGGUAGGGCUUUUCAAAGUAAAAGCUAUAUCAUCUAAUUGAUCAUAGAACAAAAUGAAUCAAGAUCACUUGGAAAUUUUUAAUUUUGUAUCUUUAGCUAGCUUUAAAUUUAUUGCAAGACAAUGUAGCACUCUAACUAAUGAGGUUUCCAACGGUUUCUUUGUAUUUGUAUAUAUAUUAUUUUUGUCAUUAGUUUCACCUUUCGUUAAUUCGAAGGACAUAACUUAUAAAUGUUUAAAUUA